AUGUCUGCGCAGCCUUUAGCUCCGUAUGAUGAAUAUUUCUAUUCACGAGCAACGAACUAUGUCGCAUUUAUGGGCUAUACAAUAUUAGUAUGGGACCAUGUCAUUUCCUUCGGUGACGAGGUAAGGUUCAUUUGGGUGAGGUCAAAGAGUCCGGCGACGUAUCUAUUCUUCGUGAACCGCUAUUUCACACCAAUAGCAUUCAUCGGAAACCUCGUUGCCUACUUUUCCAACUGGGACGAACAAGUGAGCUUUUUGUUCGUAUCUUAUCCGUCUCCGAAUGUAUCUGACGUUAACGGUAGACAAUUCGUUCGUUACGAAGGCUCCUGUACAAUUAUAGCGCUGGAAGUAGCAGCGUUGAUGAUGCUUCUUAGAGUGUGGGCGCUGUACAAGGGGCAAAAUCUGGUGAUAGCGUCGGUCAUACUCCUACUUGCUCUAGAAACUGCCAUACACGCAUGGUUGAUGACUCACAGCGAACCUGUACCCCAUGAUUAUAACUUGCCUCUGAGACCUUGUACGAUGAUUUUCGACCCAGGAUUGGGCGGAUGGCCUUCUCUGUCUGCAUGGCUACCUCUGAUCUACGACACCUACGUGACUGUACUUACGCUCUACAAAUGCAUGCCCCGGGUCCGGAGUUCGUCGGCGACGUAUAUCUUCCGAGUAUUGAUGAGAGAUGGGCUCUUGUACUACAGUGUCAUUUUUUUGGUUAAUCUUGUACUCGCCUUUAUGAUUGUAUUUGCACAGCCUCCAAUUAAGAAUAUCACGGCACAGCUGGAACAAAUGUUCACAGUUGCCAUGAUUUCGCGCAUCACACUCUCCCUCCGACGUUCUGCAGCAGCUCAUAGCAUGGGGCUAGUCUCGGCAGAAGACAACGCAUAUCGAUUCGAGCUCGACGGCUGGAAAGCAACCAGAAAUGAUCCCCAUUUCGUGCGUCAACAACGGUCCUCAACUAUUUGCCAGCAUAUUAGCGUCGUACCUGGUAGCGACCUCACGUCUCCUUCCAACUACACCUCUCCCUAUUCGUCACGACCGGGGAGUUCACACACUGACAAGGCAACCCACGAGCAUAUUGAGUUUGCUGAGAAUGAUGGAAGACGGUCGGCCAAUCUUGGGACCGAGUCGAUUGGUGUGUUAAGUAUAAGUCCUAGACACUCUCAGGAAGCUGCGACGGCAAUGGGAAUGGCGACGAAUAACGGUGUAGGUGCACGACCCGUAGACCGGGUAGCGUUUAUCAACGACCGUUCGAGACUAAACGAGCAAAGCGCAUACGAACUGCGAGUGAUGCGCCCUGGGCGUGGCCCUUGGAAUACGUAG